AUGAGCCAUGAUGUGGAUCAGAGCGAUACUGCUCCGGGUGCGGCGGCGGCGCUGAUGCGCGAGAGGGUGGAUAUGUUUGCGGAGGAGCUAAAGAGUGCGAGAGAAUACAGUGAUGCCAUCAACAGACUGUUGCAGACUCAACUCAGCACGCUUGGGGAUGAUGAUGGAGAAACGCAGAACAAGAAUAAGAGCAGGAGCCGGACGAAGAAACCAGCUCUGGAGCGGAAAACCAAACGGAAGGCACUUGGCUCUGUUCGCGGCGCCAGCAGGACAGCUCUUAGCGACGUGAAGCUCAACGAAAGUCAACGGCGAUCACACUUGGCUGAAGAUCCGUCAGCCUCGAGCAGUGCAUUUAAAUCAGCGAAGGAUGUUUCCGCGCGCGAAACGAAAGCCAUGGCCCUUGAGGCUGGUAUACGACGCCUCCAAAAAGACGUGGAGCGACACCGUGCGACGGAAGCAAGUUUGCGCGCAGCGCUCGAUGCAGAGACGGAGGUUUGGAAGUUUGACUGUUCAGUCAGCGACGAAGAGGAACUGCACGAAAAACUCGCAGCCUCACUUGAUAUGCAAGCACAGAUGCAGGAAGAGUUGGCCCGGGAGUUGACCUUAAGGAUAACUGCGGAGGAAGCAAGUGAGCAGGCCAAAAAAGAUUUGGACUCCUUGCAACGUGACUUUGACAGCCUCAAGGAUGAUGUCGCACAGCGCGCGAGCGCGUCCAAAGAGCGAGAUGACCUAUUGGAAGAGCUUCGACGCGAAACUGAAGCCAGGAGAACUGCUGAGGUGGCGUACGAAGAGGUACAAAGUCGGGUUCAGACUUUAGAGAAUACCCUUGAGAAGCAGCGCAGUGAGCUGCGCUCACGCGCGAGUGAAAACUCACAGGAAAUAACAUCCAGCCUGGAAACCGCAAAGGCAGAAGCGACGCAAGCUCGAGCUCGAGUCGAAGAAACUCUGGCAGCCCUCACAAGGGCUAAGCAAGCCGAACGUGGCGCACGAAAAUCUGAGUUGGCUACCGCAAACGCUGCCCGUGCAGAGCUGAAAGAGAUGAAGAGGAGGUUGGCAAAGGAAUCUGAGAAACGACAAAAAGCUGAGGCCGAGGCUCAAACAAUCCAAAUGAAGUUGGAAGAACAUAUCAACGGGGAUAGACGCGACGAUUCCAGCAAGAUAGCAGAGGCAAUUCAGUCGAAAGAGAUGGCGGAGGCGCAAGCCUCCAUGUUGCGAUCGUGCCUUGAAGACACCGAGGAAAUGCUUGAAGAGUCCCGAGCUACCGCUCGCACGCUGGAAGCAAAACUGAAGGAAACGCAGGUCAUGCAGAAGAGUGAUCCUUCUGUAGAUGAAAAAAUGCAAACACUCCUUUCACGAGCAGAAGAAGCAGAGCAAAGUGUAUCAGCAGCUCGCUUGAUAGCUAAACACGCAGAGGAAGGAUUGGCGACAGCAAGGCAUGAUGCUGAAGACAUGGCGCAAUAUCUAAAAAAAUUAGUCGCAGAGCAUGAAGCAGCCAUCUCGCGUCUACAUGCCGAAUCAAAAGAGAAGGAUGAGUCCAUAGAGGCUCUUAGACGUGCACACGAUGAAACACUGAACAAAUCAAAGGUACUCGAUGAGAUGCUCAUUCGCGCUGAACAGACAAAGCGCCAGCUCAACGAACGACUGUCAAAGGCCAAUGCUGAAGUGAAAACCUUAACGGAGACAUGUGUUCAGCAUGAUGACAGUGCUUUUCAUGAGCGACUCGCAUCCAUGCAGCAAAAGUUGAAUUCUGUUGAGGAUGCCAAGAGUGGCGCAGAAGCAAGCCUGCAGCAAAUGCAGGAGGAAAUGAAGCAUUUGCAAUCAAAACUUGCAGAAAAGGAGGCCAAGGAUGCUGGAGCAACUGUAUCGGUGCCCAUCGAAGUGACGCCAACUGUUGACAUGGUUGUACAGACCGACCCACCUCCCCAACUCAUCGACAUCUGUACACAGAUGGAUGCCAGUAUCGACGUCCGCGUAAAACUAAGCGCUGACAUUGAAGAAAAAUCAAAAGCGCUGGAGGAAGUGCAGUUAAGAUUCAUCGCAGCCGAAGUAAAACACAACGCUGACCUUGCAGCAAUGCAGCAACUCUGUGACGAGCUGAAAUCAAAGGCAGAUGCCUCUGCACAUUCUGCGAAUGAACUCGAGUCUAAGCUUGUCUGGGCUACGCAGAGAUCCUCAGAUUUAGAAUCCGAGCUGGCAACACUACGAGAAGAAGCAAAGUUAUCAUUGGACGUCAAGGUGAAAGAAGUGGUUGCUGCCACUCAGGCUGCGAGAGACGCACUGGUGGGCAAGUCAGCUGCCGAGACAGAAAUUCAGCAGCUGAAGCACAUGCUCUCCAAAUAUGAAGAAGCAGCAUCUUCCAAUCAUGAGAUGGAGAUCGACGUCGUAGAGCUCCGUGAGGCGCUCUCGAAUGCAGCAGUAACAAUAAGGAACCAGGAAGCAUCGUUGUCUGAGCUGACUGCCCAGCUUGAAGCUGCCGAAGCCGCAUCCGCUGAUGGCGAAGCCCAGAAUGCUUUGCUGCGGGACGAGUUGGCGGCAAAGUUGGAGAAGGCAGAAGAGAGUCUGAAGACGGCACGGGCUGAGAAUGCGAAGCACGAGUGGACAAUAUCGGAAUUGAAGUCUCGCCUUGAUAUGUCGGAGCUGAAUGGUCAUGGCAUGCAGGACGAGAUUCAGAAACUGAAGAGCUCUCUGAUGGAGUCCACUGCGGAAACUUCUAGAUUGGGCAGUGCUGCAAGCAAACAAGCAGCGGAAUCUCAGGCAAAGGUUUCAGAGCUACAACAUUCUUUGAAUGAUGCAUUUCGGGAAAUCGAAGGAUUACGACUUCUCGUCAAACGCUUCACUGCUGACUUGAAGGAUUCGGAAGAUCGCUUUACUCAGCUUCAGGGAGACUCGGAAGCUUCCGUGAGAACUGCCUCCGAGCUAAAACAUCGCUGUGAUGCUGCAGAGAAACAAGCAUCCGAGAUUGAUGCUGCAUUUUCCGCUUUCAAGUCAGAGGCCAAAGCCAGACUUGAGUUACAAGGGAACCAAUUGAUGGAAGCUCAACGUGCUCUCACAGAUGCUGCAACUAAAGCAAAGGCGGAUGAAGAAGAAGUGCAGCGGCUGAAGCUAGUCGCACAACAAAUGGAAGCGACACCAUCAAUCGACGAGGCGCUGAAAGUUGAGGUUUUAGAGCUCCGAGAGGCUUUGCAUCUAGCGCAAGAAGCUCAUGAAGUCCAGGAAACAUCAUUGUCUGAGCUGACUGCCCGGCUUGAAGCUGCCGAAGCCGCAUCCACUGAUGGCGAAGCCCAGAAUGCUUUGCUGCGGGACGAGUUGGCGGCAAAGUUGGAGAAGGCAGAAGAGAGUCUGAAGACGGCACGGGCUGAGAAUGCGAAGCACGAGUGGAAAGUAUCAGUGCUUACAUCUGAUUUAGAUAUGCAAAAGUCUUGGACUGCUGCAAAGGAGCGCGAGGUUCUUGAGCUCAACGAAGCGCUUGUGAUGGUGCGGGCAGAAGUUCAGAGUGCAACCAGUGAAGCUACCGCGAAGCUGUCAAGCACGACCAACGAACUUUCGGAAGCUCGGCAAACAAUUGAUAAAUGUCGUCGAGAGCUUGAUGAAGCACGCCAGCUCUCGGAUCGCCUCGCGAGCGAGCUUGAUGUUUCGAAGCAACAACUUCUGACUGCAACAGUCGAUGCCGCUAAGUUCAAGAAAGAUUUUGAAGCCAAGUGCGUCGAGGCAGAAAUACAAGCAAAUGAGGCAGCCGCUGCGCUUUCAGCCUUUAAGCAAGACGCAAAUACAACCUUAAAGCAAAAAACAGACGAGCUGGUAGCGUUAUCCGGUGUUGCGACUGAUACCAAGGCGGCCAAGGAUUCUGCUGAGACCGAACUUCGUCGACUUAGACAGGCUAUUGCACAGCAUGAAGCCAAUGUCUCAAUGGAUGAAGCCUUGAGAGUCGAGGUGAUUGAGCUUCGUGAGGCUCUCACCGACGCGCUGGAAGCUCACAAGAAUCAACGAACAUCUUUAUCUGAGCUGACUGUCCGGCUUGAAGCUGCCGAAGCCGCAUCCGCUGAUGGCGAAGCCCAGAAUGCUUUGCUGCGGGACGAGUUGGCGGCAAAGUUGGAGAAGGCAGAAGAGAGUCUGAAGACGGCACGGGCUGAGAAUGCGAAGCACGAGUGGACAAUAUCGGAAUUAAAGUCUCAGGUUCAAGUUGGCGAAGUCAAGCUAAAAGAUGCCACCUCAAAAGUCACGAGCACUUCGGCUAAGCUAGCAGAAUCUGAAGAUUCUCUUGCUGUUUCAAUCCGCGAGUUGAAGGAAUCGAGAAGACGAAUAACUCAAAUCGCCGCUGAUCUUGAGCGUGUCCAACACAAACAUGAGAAAUCCAUUGAGGCCAGCUAUCAAACUGAAAUGAAACUCGCUGCAGUUGAGCAGCGUGCAGCAUGGGCUGAAGCAGCGUUGGUAGCUUUUAAGCAGGAAAGAUUGCAUGAUUUGGAGGUGAAGAGCCAACAAGUGAAGUCUGUUGCGACAUCCCAUGCCGACAACACCCUUGAAGAGUUCAAAAAAAUUGCCAAUGUUUCCUUGGAGCGGAGGACCACAGAGAUGCUACUGGCCACCCGCGUGGCAUCUGAGGCAACGGCUGCGAAGGAAGCUGCUGAAGCAGAGAUCCAGCGAAUGAAGCAGACCCUAGAAGAUGUCCAGGCGAAGACAGCUGCAGAUGUUCAUCUCCAAAGCGAUGUGCGCGAUCUUCAAGCAAUCUUGGUCCAGUCUACUAAGAUGCUUCAUCAAAGAUUUGAAGCUGUGGACGAAGCUGUUGCAACUAAGGAGGCCGGGAACAAAUUGGUAUCUCAAUUGGCGUCUAUUGAAAGUUUAGCUGCUCAAGAAGCUGCUCGCACAGAAGUCAACCGCUUGACAUGUCUUGUUGCUGAUGCGGAGAAAGAGAAUGGCGCGUCAAAGGAGAAAAUCCAUCAACUUGAAGCUGAGGUUCACGUCCUUCAAUCUGCGCUCGCCGAAGCGCGAAAGGCCCACGACUCGCAACUUGGUUUGCAAGAUGAGUUGCGUUCUCAGCUCAUUGCCCUACAACUUUCGUAUGAUGCUCGCGAGAAAGAUCAUGAAGAGGCUGCCGCCAAGCUUCGACAUCAAUUUGAUGAGAAGCUUGAAGCUUCUAUGCGCGAACUUAUAGAAACCACUGACCGUGCGGCGAAGGCGAUGGCAUCGAAGGAACUUGCUGAUGCGGAAGUCACUCGUCUCGUAGCCCUUUGUUCCGAACUAGAGAAGCACGACGAAGCGGCAAUCGAAGAUGCAGUCAAAGCUAAGACGGCAGAACUUACCAAAAGAAUCACAGGUUUGCAAAAGGACCAUGAUGAAGCGCUCAGUUUGUGUGAUUCACUCCGGUUGCAGCUUGACACGGUAGCUGCCGCCGCAGAGAAAGCAAAUGAACUUAACGAUCGAUGCAUUCAAGAAGCUGAGGUGUAUGCUUCAGCGGCGAGUAUUGUCAUGCAUGAGAUGAGCGACCAGCUAGCCCAACUCAAUUCAGAGGUCACUGCUGCGAAGGCUAACAUUACUUCUUUGAGUGCCGUCCGAGAAUCUCUUGAGGACGAGUUGUUGUCUAUGGAGGUCGAAAUCAAGGUUGCUCUCGAAGAACGAACACAAGCAAUGCAGGAAGUCAGCGAGCUCAAGAAAAGUAUUUCGGGACUUGGCAAGGUUCGUGACGACCUGGUUGUUGCUCAUUCUGAGAUGAGAAAACUCAAAGAGGCUGAAGAACGAGAGGUUGAGUUGCAAUUGCGAGCUGAGAGCGCAGAGCAACGCGAACGCGAAUUGCACACCAAAAUAAUCAGCACUCAAAGUGCAUUACGCGAAUUGAGAUUGGAGAAUGGAUCGAUGGAGACUAGAUUGGCUUGCGGAGCAGCAGAACUUUCUUCAGCAAAGGAAGAAGCCAUCCAACUCAGGGAAGAAGUGAAAAAGAUUCAACUUGCGGCGUUGGAUGCUUCAGCUUCUGACACUAACGUCAAAUCGAAAAUUAACGCAGUUAAAGAAGCCCUGAAGGAUUCCGAGGCAGCGUUAGAAAUCGAACGGCUCGCUCGCUCAGCCGCGGAAGCACGUGUUUCUGCUCUCGAACAACGUUUGGGUCUCCUCAACAGCACAGCCGGUGAGUUCACUCAACAACUUGACGAGGGCUCGAAUGAAGAAAUCGCUCAGUUGCUCGAUGUAGCGCAAGAGGAAGUGGAAAGGGCUAGGGCCGAGUGUCAGAUGGCCAAGAAGGAACUGAGAGGUGCAAAAUCGCGUGUCCGACAACUUGAGGAGGAGGUGAUACGACUUCAGACGCACGAACACGCUCUACAUGCACUUAUCGGCUCCGCCUGA